AUGCGUACGCUGGCGUGUGUCCUGAUCGCUCUAUUUUGCGCUCUGCUCGUCUCAGCUCAAAUGGAAAAGCGAGCGUCAAUGGGAGGGGCCGCAUUCGGUGCCAUGGAUCGCCUACCGCUGGAACUUAUUCAGAAGUUCUAUCGAAUAGGUCAAAAACGAACGCAGCCAGAUGGACCAUACAGGCCGAAUCUAAGCAGUUACUACAGCAUGUUCUGA